UAUGUAGCAGGCGGUUUCGGAAACAGCCUCUGGUUGCACAAUGGCUGCGCCCAGGAGAGGGAUUUUUUGGCUUCAGAACUGUUCAAAAGGAAGAGGUGGAGCAACGCUGUCCAUUUUUAUUUACAGUCUAUGGACUUAACGCUAAAAGUUAUCCGUCGUUUGUAAAAUCGUCUCCAACUUUGUAAAAGUAUUUAAUCUUUUGUAAAAAAAAAUUCUUAAAUGUAAAUUUGUUUUGGCCCUGAUAAAAGUGUUUUGCUGAUUUAAUUUUGUUUUAUAAAAUUUUAAAAUGUUUUCCAAAAUGUAAAUUUGUUUCCAACUUUGUAAAAGUGUUUCCGUUUUUGGUAAAUUUGUUUUGUCCUUCACGGCCACCGUUGAAAAACGAGUUAGCAGUUAUUGAGCUAGCUUAAAUACGCCGAGAACAACGCACAACAUUUCUGAGUCCAUUAAUCAUUUUCAACGCCUCUGUUUUUCACCUAAUCUAAUGGAUCUUUGUGAGGACGGACUAAAUGGAAAACUCUCCAGUGAUGACGAUAUUGGUGACAAUAGGUGUGAUGGGGUUAGACGAGCGGGCAGCGACCGGGCCGUGACUAGCGACCCUCGAGCAUUGCGCAACCUGACGGCCAUGGAGAGGACUUAUUCUGCGGCUCCUGACUUUGAUAAAGUCCAGAAAGACAUACAACCAUACAUGCGGAGGUUACUGGCAGUGUGGAUGUUUCAGGUGUGUGAGGAGCAGAAAUGUGAGGAGGAGGUGUUCCCGCAGGCGGUGUGUUACCUGGACUGCUACCUGAGCCGGUUUGCUAUUGAGAAGUCCAACCUGCAGCUUUUAGGGGCUGUUUGUAUGUUUCUGGCGUCUAAAAUGAGAGAGAUCGUCCCACUGACUGCCAGCAAGCUCUGCAUCUACACAGACUACUCCAUUUCAGUCUCAGACAUACUGCAGUGGGAGGUAGCAGUCGUGUCCAGGUUGGACUGGUGUUUGGCCUCUGUGGUGCCCUGUGACUUUUUGGAGCCCAUCCUUCAUGCUCUCCCCUUCGUUCAGCCCCAACAACUUCCAAGCAUGCGUAGGCAUGUUCACUCCUACAUUGCCCUGGCAGCCACUGACUGCAGGUUUUCAGAAUUCCUGUCCUCCACUGUUGCAUGUGCCUGUGUGAGCAUUUCCAUACAAAGGCUAAAGUCAAUGGAUUCUGCUGUCACUCCUGAUUCAGUUAUGACUUUUUUAGCCAACCUUCUGGCCAUUGAUCUGAGCUCUGUCCUCCUCUGCUAUGACCAGCUAUGGGGUGUGUUGGAGCUCAGCCUGCCCUCCUGUUUCCAGGACAGUGUUUGCAGAUCAGAGAUCAGCUACACCCCCGCUGACAUUCAGGAUGUUGUACGGACAUCAAACUAAAACACUCCUUCCUGCCAAGAUUCACUUCAGUGAAUUGUGAAUCCAUUUUUUUUGUUUAAAUUGUUUUGGAGACUCCACUUUGACCUGGUCUGCAGAGUUACUACAGUUUGAAACAUUUUCAUUUUAUAUAUCUGUCCUGUUGACGCGUUUAAAUUUUAGUGAUUGCUGAACAGCUUUGUGAUAUAGAAUUGUGAUUGUGUCCAUGAUUCUUUUUUCAUCAGCCUGUAUUUGAGCCUCGUAAAUCAUUGAGGUUGUCCUCGUUAACAACUGUCAAGAUACAAUUAAAGCAAACCAAUAAAGCAAUACUCAGAGAAAACACUGAGAUGUAGUGGUCUCAGAUUAUUGACUCGAAUUACCCUGGAGAAAUUAGAAUGUCAAUCUUCUGAGUCUGCUAAAUGAUUCCAGUUUAGAGCACAAACACUUAAGGCAGAUUUUCCAAGUUUAGAGUAAACCUGUGAGACCUUAAGCAUUAGACAGUUGGUAGAAUGGGUUUGAUAGUGUCCUGCAGUCCAGUUUAGCAUAGAUGUUGUGUAGGGUGGUGAAUGUCCAGUUAGGGAUGUAGAGAUAAGUUGGUUGCCAGAGAAGAGCAACCAACUUUGUUGCACAGAAUACAGUGAAUACAGAUAUUUCUAAACACAGAGUGAUAAACUGAAUCCUGGGAUUUGAGGUUGGAAGCAGAAGCAUGUUUAUGCAUAAUGAGUGUAACCUAACACUGAAAGAAAUACUUUGUUAGAUUUGUUCCACUUGGUGACAGUUCAGGGGGAAAUUUGAUAUGUUUGUGUAAUUUGUUUCAAAUUGUUGCCAUAUGUACUUUUGUGAUAUACAUUGAAAUGCAUUAAAUACUAUCAGUUAUGUAA